UGUGUGUGUGUGUGUGUGUGUGUGUGUGUGUGUGUGUGUGUGUGUGUGUGUGUGUGUUCUUGUACUUGCUACAUGGUGAGUACCAUUUUCUGCAUUUAACUAUCAAAGCGAGGACAUUUUUACAAAGUGAGGACAUUUUGGCCGGUCCUCACUUUGAAACAGCCAUGUUUGAGGGUGAAGACUUGUUUUUAGAGAACAGGUAUGAAUUGAGGUUUGGUUAGGGUUAGGGUAAGGAUUAAGUUUAGGCAAUCAGUUGUGAUGGUUAAGGUUAGGGUAAGGCUCUAGGAAAUGCAUUACACUUAUGGAUGUCCUCACUAAGAUAGAAGUACAAACGUGUGUGUGUGUGUGUGUGUGUGUGUGUGUGUGUGUGUGUGUGUGUGUGUGUGUGUGUGUUCUUGUACUUGCUACAUUGUGAGAACCAUUUUCUGCAUUUAACUAUCAAAGUGAGGACAUUUUUACAAAGUGAGGACAUUUUGGCCGGUCCUCACUUUGAAACAGCCAUGUUUGAGGGUGAAGACUUGUUUUUAGAGAACAGGUAUGAAUUGAGGUUUGGUUAGGGUUAGGGUAAGGAUUAGGGUUAGGCGAUCACUUGUGAUGGUUAAGGUUAGGGUAAGGCUCUAGGAAAUGCAUUACGCCUAUGGAUGUCCUCACUAAGAUAGAAGUACAAACGUGUGUGUGUGUGUGUGUGUGUGUGUGUGUGUGUGUGUGUGUGUACUCGUACUCAUAGGUGAGCAUGCUCAGGCUGAUUUCAAUCCCUUUUGUGAAUGGCUGAUUAUCACAAUCUGUAGCUUAAGUCCAACAAGAGCAGCAGCAUUAAGCCCUUCAGUGUGAGCGAAAGACGAGGGAGAAAGAGUCGGCAUGGCCCAGAAAAACAACAUUCAGUUCUCCAUCAGGGAAUACAGGCCCACAGAUCAACAUGUGGUCGUGUCACUGUUUCGUGAUGGGAUCCUCGAACAUGUAUACCCAGCCUUUUUCAAGGCCAUGGGCAAUCCUGACCAUGUUGGCAUUGCUCUGAGCAUUUGCAUGGCUGGCUACGUGCUGGGAGGAAGCUCCUACUUCCAGGCUUUACUCUUUGGCAGUGCAUGGGCUGGCCUCAUUUAUUACUGCUGCCUUGAUAUCUACGAGGGCUACAUGAUGAGGAGGCUAAGCACAGACAUGGCAAAUGUUCAAGCCAGCUACCUGGAAAACCCAGAUAACGGAUUCUGGGUGGCAGAGGCAGACAUCAAUGGCCAAUCGAAGGUGGUGGGAAUGGUGGCAGUGAUGGGGAAAAGGGGAGAGGAAGAAGGCGAGAGGUUCGAGGACUGGAACGGAGGAGUGACAGGGGGAGGCUCGGAGUUGGCUCAAGAUGCCGGAGAAGGAGGCUACGGUGAGAUGUCUCACUUGAUCGUGGCGUUUCCAUGUCGCCGGAAAAAUCUGGGCUCCCAGCUGACACGCAAGGCCUUGGAUUUCUGCAAGGAGAGAGGCUUUGCCCGGCUCCUUCUGGACGUCAGCGCGCCUCAGACGGCGGCAAUUUCCUUGUUCCAAAAAUUCGGCUUUGUUCAGGCCGCAUUCCACUGUGACACGCAUGCUAACCGCUGGUUCGCCAAACUAGCCAAAAUAAAUGUGAUGCGAAUGGAGAAGCUAAUUUAAAACCCAAAAUAAACUUUAGACCUCAGCACCUGAUACAACUAUAUACAACACACCGAGAAUAUUACAGUUAAUUUAUGCCUUUUGCCUCGUUUAUUGCAAAAACCUCUCCGUUGUGUCACACCUGGUCACUUGUGUCUCCAGCUCGCUAUCACGGUAGUUUGAGAAAAUACAUUAAAUUUCAUGUUUUUUUUUCCACAAAGCAGCAUUAAUGCUCUCAGUUUCCUUGUGUUUCUUCUUGCCUUGAUGUUUUAUGUAUACACCUGCACCCCUGACAGUCCAUUGCCCACAAACAUGGAGAACAAUGAGACAAUUAGUCAACUUCUCUGCUUAGUCAAAUCAACUUAUUAUUUGUAUGCAGACGUAAAAUAAAUAUCACAAGGUAUCUUAUGAAUAACACUAUAUUAAACAUAGUCACAUUCAAUUAUCUGUUUUUCUUCUGUCCACUCAGGAAUAUAAAAAUAUAUGUGAGAAAGGAGAAAUCUAGUCAUUUGGAAGCAGGAGAACUUUCUUUUAAGCCUCUUUCCAGGGAGAAGUUGAAUCCCUCUGCCUCAGAGGAAUUAAUGCCAGCUGACUUCUAAGACCUCACAACUCUUUGCUUAAAAUACCAAUGAAAAAUGCAAUAGUAUCAGGACAUUGGGAGGUUUAAAAUUCUUGAGAGCUAAAAGAGCCCUGUGUGUGUGUGUGUGUGUGUGUGUGUGUGUGUGUGUGUGUGUGUGUGUGUGUGUGUGUGUGUGUGUGUGUGUGUGUGUGUGUGUGUGUGUGUGUGUGUGUGUGUGUGUGUGUGUGUGUGUGUGUGUGUGUGUGUGUGUGUGUGUGUGUGUGUGUGUGUGGCAUAAAAAGAGGAUAAAGAUUUCAGUGUACCGCAGUGCAUUCAGGUCAUCAUAUACAAAGCAAAUACUAUGAUUAUUGACACCAAACAAUGGAGAGAAAGCUUAAGUGUUUCCUUACUGGUGGUCUUAUGAUAUGUGUGAGCAGGGCCUGGAUAAAUGGGGUGAAACGGCCACGGGAAUUACUCUUUUACAACACAAACUGUGGUAGUUGCCCAGCAUUUCUGAAACAAUGUAUGUCAACUUUAUAGCCUGAUGCCAGGAGUCUGUUUUCUCACAAAGCCUAUUGUGAGCCACAGGCACAGUGCGGCAUCAGCUAAACAAUGUAGAUUUACAGAUUUCUUAACCUACAUUGCAUCAGAAAUCCCUCAAAAGUGAUUACAUUUUCCAAAAAUAUUAUCAGCACCAAACAGUGCCUGCUUAUCUUGAAAGAGUGUGUGUGUGUUAAAGGACGGAAAGCCUAUAAGGGGAAACAUCAAGCAACCAAUGUGUGAAAUGACAGGUGUGGCCUAAAUGAGUUUCAAGAGGGAGAACUGGAUGGAUGGAGCAGCUUGUCACUGAGAUACACACAUGCCAUUCAGAGGCCUUCAGGCAUCAAUCAUUCCUGCUGAGGCUGUCAGGGAAAAAAAUUUGGCCGGUGUCCAGCAGGCAGGUGCUGAACCAGCCAAAGGAAGAUGAGCCUUAAUGCAGGCCAACCUGUUGUCAUCCUCACAAUUACCAGUACAACUGGCCUCAAGGUAAUGACAGCUUGAUUGUAAUUCCUCUCAUACACAUGCUGCACACAUGAGUCAGUUGCACUGAUGGAGGUAUGUUAGAUGAAAACCCUUUACAAAUACUCUGAGUGAAGCCAGAAUUACUGUAGCCACAGCGCCUUUAAACAUACGGAGGUUUGUGGAUUUUUUGACUCACACAAAUUUGAUCUGCUUCAAUCAUCAGAAAAUAAUUCUUUAAAACAGAAGACAAAAAUGGAAAAAGUUAACUACAAAUAUCUAUCCAACCGAUAUUUACAUACUGCUUUAUCCUCAUUAGGGUUACUGGAGGGGUGGAGUCUAUCCAGCUGACUUAUUGUGAAGGCAGGGAACACUUUGGACAAGUCACCAGUCUAUUACAGGGCUACACACAGAGACAUACGAGCACACUCAUUGUCAUUUUUGUCUUUCUGGGUUCUUGAAGAAAUUUCAACUCCCACCCAAGACAUUUCCUCAGUACUAAAUGACUGAUGGGAACUCCCAUUUUACCUGCAAGAAUAUAUAUAUAUAUAUAUAUAUAUACACAUCAGGCCAGCAAGCAAGCGGUUAAUCAAAUGUGGGACAAAUUAGGAGAGUGUUCCUAAAUAUCACUUAAAACAUCAAGUGGCUGGUUUUGCAGCAUUUGUUCUUGUUUUGUGAGACAGCUGCUGUAUACAAGAAUCAGUCUUUAGUUAAGGCACCAAUUAGUUUAGUUACACCAAUCAGCUAAAAAGUCCUGUGAUUGAUCUCAGUCCUAAUCUUAGGAUUGUGGUUGGGACAUCUCCAGUCUUCAAGAACCAAAGAGAAGUCCAACUGUGUUUAUCUGAAGCUGCAAGAAUGUUCUAGAUAGACACAAAUUGUUGUAAAGGUGUUCUUUGUAGAUCUUUACAACUAUAACCUAAAGGAACAAGCAGGGCUGCCUUAGUGCACAGUCAAAAUCUUUGUUCACCUUGUCAUCUUCAGUGUGUGGAUUGCUGAAUGGAGGUUGUUGUUGUUUUCUGUAGCCAACAGGAUUUGGAUAAUAGUAACUUGCAGACACUAGAUAAGGAGAAAGCUACCUGAAAUAUAUGGCCAUUGGAGGAUUUACUUACCCACAGUCCACAUUUAGUGAGUUAUCCAUCUAUCCACUAGCUAUAUCUGCUUUAUUCAGUUGAGGGUCACGAGUGGCUCAGCUGGCAUUGUGUGAGAGGAGAGGUAAACCCUGAACAGGUCACCACUCCAUCACAGGGCUUACACAGAAAUAUAGUGAAACUGUAUACAAUCCAAAGUAGCACAGUGCUGAGAUGCUGCAGUGUCUUUAUGUGGCAGUGCUAACUCAACAGUCGGGUUCAAGAUAGUUUUGAACCCGACAGAAAGCGACAGAUUGUGUCCUCACAGCUGUAUAUUUCAUUUUACUGCAGCAUCUGAACUUCUGUUUUGGUUAUUUCAGACCACUGGUCAGCAGGUGUUACUGACUGUCACCGCACUAUACCGAUUUCUGAGCUAGUCCAGGGAUAAGGUGUUUUAGAUUUUAAAUAAGUCUGUUUUAUUUUUUUCAGGCUACUCAAACACCAUGAACACACACCUAUUGCUACAGAGCAAAGUAAAAUCUCUAAGAACCUGGGAAUUUUCCUCAUUCUUCUCUAUAAAACUGAUAUAAAUUGACUGAGGUCUGGGCUCUGACUUGGCCACUUUACGACAUUACCACUAGUUUUUAAGACAUUCCUGUGCGGCUUUAGCUUUAAAGGCUGCUCCUCCAGAAACACUACGGUCAACUCCAACCCCUUGACUGCACUUGGGUGACCUCUAAAACCAAAAGGUCACACCACUAAUAAUUAAGGUGUUUCUCAUUAAAAGGGCUUGAAUAGUUUCUGGUAAAUCUGUGUAAACGUGUAUUUUAUAUAUUUAGAUUGCCUUAUACAAAUGUGUUUUUACUCCGAAUAAAGGGUCUUUUUCAGUCUUCUUUGACUCAGUGUUGUAUAACAAUGAAACAUGGAAUAUUUCAAAUGGUGUGAAUUAUAGUGUGAAAUUUAAUUUUUCAUGGACGCAUGCAUGCACCAGCUGAGAGAGUAAUGGAUGUAUUAGCAUACUUAAUGAGACUUCACAGAGAGAAAUUCACAGGUAGGGCAGCUUUACUUAGGAUUUUCUUUCACUUUAAUUUGUGCUUCUUCUUUUUUCCAGGUAGGUGUAUCCAUAACAAAACUUAGGAUGACUUUUCAUCUGUCUGUCAUUCUUGGACUAGAAGUUCCCAAUUUGAGAUAACAUAAGAUCAAUGAAGUGGGCGGGGUCCCAUCAAAGGAUGAGCUCAAAAAUGCAAUUGGAAAAGAUUUCUUUGUCCGCUAUGGAGAGGGACGGUGUGUGUGUGUUCACCUUCUUGUGUGUGGGCAGGGAUUAUCUCCAGCAUGCAUGCAUUCCAACAAUAAGGCAUUUCUUUCUGUAUCUUAUUAAUCUGACUCGUACGGCGAUCAAAGCCAUCUAGCUUAUCGUAGGAGAAGAGUUGAUACAUCUUAAGGCAAACUUUGAUGACAAUACCAAAGCAAGUAAUCAACAUUACAAACAGUGCC